GCACCAACCAAAGCUCCCACUAAAUUUCCUACCCGGGCACCAACCAAAGCUCCCACUAACGCACCAACACAGGCACCAACUAAAACUCCCACUAAGGUGCCUACACAGGCACCAACUAAAACUCCAACCAAAGUGCCUACCCGGGCACCAACCAAAGCUCCCACCAAAGGUCCUACACAGGCACCAACCAAAGCUCCCACUAAAGCACCAACCCAGCAUCCCACUGAGGCUCCCACUAAAGCACCUACACAGAUGCCAACACCAGUUCCUUCUGCAGUUCCUACAAAUACACAGAUGCCAUCACCAGUUCCUUCUGCAACUCCUACAAAUGAUGGCAUCAUUGCUGAUAGGAUUGAGCUGAUUCUUGCUUUGGCUGAAGCAAACUAUGGCCCAACUUGUGUCUAUGGCCCCAUUGAGACCUGGGAUGUCACCCGUGUGGUUGACUUUUAUCGUGUAUUUGCAGGAGAAAACGGGGUGACUAAUGAAUUUGAUGCUGGUAACUUCAAUGAGGAUAUAUCUGCAUGGGAUACAUCCAGUGUUACAAGUUUUCAGGAGACUUUUUAUGGAGCUCACAAAUUCAGCCAAGACCUCUCUGGAUGGGAUGUCAGUAAAGUUUCGGCAUGGGGGUUCGUUGGCACUUUCAGAGAGGCCUAUGUAUUCAAUGGUGAUGUCUCAACGUGGGAUGUUAGUGGAACUACUAAAUUGACAAGAAUGUUUGAGGCUGCAUGGGCUUUCAACCGAGAUGUUUCAAACUGGGAUGUAUCGCUCAGCACUAGCUUUAUCCGAAUGUUCAGAAACUCAAAUUUCAACCAGCCUCUUUCUGCCUGGAACUCGAAAGUAUCAAAUGCAAACGACAUGAAUCAUAUGUUUUUUGGGAACACUAAAUUCAACCAAGAAAUCACUGGAUGGGAUGUUCAAAAAGUGACUAAUAUGUGGAGGAUGUUUAAGAAUGCUGGCAAAUUCAACCAGGAUAUAUCUGGUUGGAGCAUAAAUAAAGUGACAAAAUUUGAGGAAACUUUUUAUGGUGCCAGAAAAUUCAAUCAAGACUUGUGUCCUUGGGGCAGCAAAAUGAAGUAA